ACUGACACUCGGAAGCUCACCGGAGCAGGGGAUGAUGUCGUCAAAGUUGUUCUUAGCAGCAAGCGUCCCACACGUGUCUCACAUCUCCCACGUGCGGGCCCUCGUGCGCUACCCGCCGCGCGUGCGCGGCGUACCCGCCAAAAAUCUCUGCCGAUAAAUACCCAUCUUCAAUCGCUAACAUCAGCGGAGUGACGGACAUGAGAGAUUUGAAAAUGGAAGCUGCGGCAGCUGAGAAGCUUCGCUCUGAGUUUCUGAACGUCCUCAGGAGCCGGCGAUCUGGCGAAGUUCCGCUUUCUGUGGAGUUUACGAAACCUGUAGAGAAUCCAUUGUAUCAGGAUGAUUACGGGUCAAGCUUCAGCGAGGCAAUGCAGUCUUGCCCAAAAGCAAACAUUGAAAAUUUUAAGGAUCUGCUUCAAGAAGAAAAUCUUUACUUGAUUACUGAGGCAGGACAACAAGGACGCUUGCCUGUGCUGAUUUUGAGCAUGAAGGAAUGUAGUCACCAAAGAAGACCUGCUAUUGUUUUUCUGCAUAGCACACAUAAGUGCAAAGAGUGGUUAAGGCCAUUGCUGGAGGCAUAUGCUUCACGGGGAUAUAUAGCUAUCGCAAUUGAUUCUCGUUACCAUGGUGAACGUGCAACCAAUAAAACCACCUAUCAGGAAGCCCUUGUAUCAGCAUGGAAGAAAGGUGAUACAAUGCCAUUCAUAUUUGACACGGUCUGGGACUUGAUAAAAUUGGCAGAUCAUCUUGUGCAGAGGGAGGAUAUAGACCCUGCCAGGAUAGGAAUUACUGGCGAAUCACUGGGAGGCAUGCAUGCAUGGUUUGCCGCUGCUGCUGACACCCGCUACUCUGUGGUUGCCCCUAUAAUUGGUGUUCAGGGUUUUCGUUGGGCCAUAGACAAAGAUAAGUGGCAGGAUCGAGUUAACACUAUAAAGCCUGUAUUUGAAGAAGCACGGAUUGAUUUAGGGAAGAGUGCAAUUGACAAGGAAGUUGUAGAGAAGGUAUGGGAUAGGAUUGCUCCUGGUCUAGCCUCCUGCUUUGACUCACCUUACACAAUUCCAGCAAUUGCACCACGCCCUCUGCUAGUUGUGAAUGGUGCAACGGAUCCACGCUGCCCCCUGGACGGUCUGGAAACUCCAAAAUCAAAUGCAUGCAAAGCUUACGAAGAGGCCCAUUGCCCUGACAACUUCAAACUGAUAGCACAACCUGGAAUUGGGCACCGAAUGACUCCAUUAAUGGUAAAAGAAGCUAGCGAAUGGUUUGACAGGUUCUUCAAGUGACAUGGGUUCCCCACAUUAUGGGAGUUGAACAGCUUUAUUUGUUGUAAUGUGUGUUUCAUGUGAACAAUUGUUUGGUGACAGAGUUGUCAAAUUUAUAUUGACUGUUGUUUGUGGCAAAUGGCACCCUGCAUUUGUGAUGCCCUCUGCAACUGUUUCUUAGCAUUUACAUGAUGCCAUGGACAUCCAUUCAGAGAUGGUCCCUUGCUCUACAAGAGCUGCAA